AUGGGAGACCUCAACAACGAUCCUCUGAUGCGCAACCAAAACGCCGUCGUUCAGGCCCGUACCAAGGCCCAGAACCGCGCCAAUGUCCUUCAGCUCAAGCUGAUUGGACAGAAUCACCCAAAUGGUCUCACAGCGAAUCUAUUGAAGCUCUUUGAGCCUAGGCCUCCUUUGGAAUAUAAACCGCCCCCGGGAGAAAAGAAAAUGUCCACCGCUUAUAGGGAUGGCGCAAUUUGUGAGCAAGUUACAUUCCCAGAAUUAGAGACGCUGGCUAUCAGGUACAUGAAUCGUUGGAACUCAAUAUGGCACAAUCAACAAGCUCCGAAUUCGUUUUGCAAGCUGAAUAAAGUAGAAAUUACUGGAUGUGAUGCCUUGCAUCAUGUUUUUCCAAUUGCUAUGCUUAAGGAACUUCAACAGCUCCAAGUGCUUGAAAUAUCCACGGCUAAUAUAGAGAAUACUGUUGAAGAGAAUAAUAGUCAUGAUGUUGAACAAGGUUUCCUUUGCACUCUUUAA